CCACGAGAUUGGAAAGGGGAGAUAGCUUCCUACAAGAAGGAGAUAGAUGAAUAUGGUAGUGAAAAUCUACGAUACCUUGGGCAAGUCACGUUUUUGGAAGGUCAAUUGCGCCAAGGUCAAAUGCUGUUCUCUACCGAGGUGAACUCAUUUAGAGAAGUAUAUGCAAGACUCUUAACCGUGAGUGUCGAAGGCAUUCACAUGGAUAACAUUCUGCUGACAAUGAAGACAGGAUAUCUCCACCCUUUCCAAUCUCGUGGCUGA